GCAAGAAUGACUUAUAUCACUUAAAUAGAUUAUUUAAAGAAAGGUUAAUGUUGAAAGACAAACCUGACUUACAGAUAUCUGGAAUAUUGUUAAGUUUAUGAUACCAAAUUCAACAUCAAAUUUUUAAAUAUUUGCCCGAAGGAUUAUUAAGAUAUCUUGGCUGAAUUGACAACAUUGAAAUACAAAUGGUACAACAAUGGCCAACAAUUGGCUUGCUUUUUUGACUCACAUUCUUAUGAAAAAGGAAACAAUUGAACCAUCUAAACCUUUAGACCAUCUCAACUUUUGAACCAUCUCAACCUUUAAACCAUCUCAACUUUUAAACCAUCUCAACUUUUGAACUAUGGCAACCCUUGGAGUUAACUCAUGAAAUGAUACACUUACCACUCGUAAGGAUAUGAACUACAUUGUAUUUAUAAGUUACAACUGCAUUUCUGGUAGUAAAAAUAAAACGAGACGAAUAAAAUAACGAUAUAUCGACGAAAGUCUUACUUCGACUAAUUGCGUUUUGUUAAGACCAGGUCUUGCUUGAAGUUUGAAAUGGCGCUUAUAUCUUCUCAAUGUGCUCGUUUGUAAGAGGCUGACAUCGAUCUUUGCAUAAAUAAGAAAUGAUUGAGAUAAAUACCCAGCUACCCUCAAAAUGCACUUUCUUCUGAAGCCAUAACAGUAAACAAAUCUGAAAUAUCUACUACCUCUUGAGAAUCGUUUUCGUCGUCAGAAUCCUUACGUCUUCUCUUACUUCUUGCGCUUUGAAUCAUGUUUUUGUGAAAGUUACAAAUGUAAAUGUGACCAGCCUAAAGGCGAGGAAAAUUUGAAAAGCUGAAAAGCACUGCAACCAUGAUAUUAAAAAUGUAUGUUAUAAAAAGUUAAACAUACGUUUUCCGCGGCGACAAGUUUAAGUUUCUUUUGAGCUACAGUUCUUUGAAUUCUUUUGGCAUAACAAGCAUUCCCAGCCAAUUUCUUACAUCUUUCGGUUUCUUCUAUUAAACAGCAUACAAGAUGAGGUUUCGGAGAAUUAUCCUCACUCUCACUCUGAUAACCAUUCAUGUCGACAUUUUCGGAAUUGCUGUAUUGAUUUAUGCAUAAGUUUUCUUCCUCCGUGUAAUAUUUACUUCCGUUUACACAUAUGACUUGAACUCUUUCUUAUGAUUGGUUCAAAGACUGUAAGUCUUUUUGUUACAGAAAGUACUCUCGCCCUCCAGUCCAGCCUUUACCUUACCGGAAUAACAAAAUAACAUUACAUGAGCCUCAAGGAAAAGACGCUUUUUCCUGAUAUUACAUUUCAACGUGUCAAACGAAUAGAAAAUUUAGUGUUAUAAUUAAUAUUAAGUUCAAUUACUUUUCGUGACUUUGUAAUUUAAACGUGUUGUCCUCCCACCCGACCCUACCCUCUUUUGCAUAUGUCAAUGGUAAGGCGGGAAAGUCAACCAAUAAACGCAAAGACUUGAUGUGUAAAGCAGUGUCCUUGAAAUACGUGUCUAUGGUCAAGUGUGGUCAAGUGUACAAACGUACGGCGAAUAUUUAUCAUCAAUGCAGUCAAACAGCUUACUCUCUCAAAUAAUAUUUUGAAGAAAAAAUGCCUCGAACUAAGAAAGACCCCAAUAAGCCCAAAGGGAAAAUGUCAGCGUAUCUUUUCUUUAUGCAAAGCGAAAGGGAAGCCAUGAGACUUCGAAGCAAGCAAAACGGUCAUGAAGACAAUCUCAGUUUCAGCGAGCUUUCAAAAUUUUGUAGCGAGAAAUGGAAAUGCCUGGACGAAGCCAAAAAAGCUCCGUUUUUUAAAUUAGCCGAAGAUGAUAAGGCCAGAUUUGAACAAGAAAUGUCUUUGUACACUCAGAGUGAAGAUGAAUCAACACCAAAGAAAUCUCGAAAGAGAAAACGACAAAAUGACGAAAAUCUUCCUAAAAGAAACAAAUCAGCCUAUAUGUUUUUCUGCGAUGACGAACGACCAAAAACACGUAAAGCUCAGCCAGAGUUGGCGAUGAAAGAAAUUUUACAAGUUUUAGGCAAGAAAUGGAGAAAACUAGAAAGCAAGGAAAAAGACGUGUAUAAUAAAAUGGCAGAUGAAGAUAAGCAAAGAUAUGCAAAGGAAAUGUCUGAGUACAAAAAGAGUGAGUUAGCAUACGAUGGAAUGGCAAAUGUAAAGAAGCAGAAAUAAUCGCGAGGCAUUUAAAAUUUGAUAUUUUUCCUGAACAAUUAAGAAUUCAUUGUUGUAUAAGCUAAGCUGCGUUUAAACCAGUUCUAUUGUUAAAUCAUUUUGUUAUUAUAAAUUCCUGUAAAAAGACGAACAAUUUUUGUUAUACCAGAAAAUACAAUUAUAAAUGUAAAUAAGUGAAAGUCGUUGAAUUAUUCCCAAUAAACUAGUAAACCUUGCGGAAACAAAA